AUGCCAGAAGGUUCAUUAGAUAAAAACCAGCUCGCUAGACAGCGGAAAAAGAUUGAAAAGGAUAGAAGAAGAAAACAAUAUGAUGAUUUACAGGUACAGGGAACAAAUAAUUCAUCAAUAGUAUCGAAAAGAUCAGUUGAGAUGAUUUACACGUCAAAAUUGAACCCUGAAAUGGGAGAAUGGUUCAAAUAUUUUGUAAAAAAGCCAAAAAGAAGAUCCCCUGCUAUUAAUAGAGGAUAUUGGAUAAGAAUGGAAUCGAUUAAGCAGAUGAUAUUGAGAAUAAUUGACUCUAGAGAAGAUGCUAAUCAAGAAGUGACUAUUGUCAAUUUGGGAUGUGGCUUUGAUCCGUUACCGUUUCAGCUUUUAACCCAAUUUGCAAAGACUAAUACUGAUGUGAAAUUGCACUUUUUAGAUGUUGAUUAUCCUGAAUUAAUUGCAAACAAAUUAGAAAUGAUUAAAAGCUCGCCCGAAAUUUUGUCUAUAUUAGGGAAAGAAGUCAAUGAUACUUCAAUCGAGAAAUCAGUAGUACCAUUUAUGACUGAAAAUUAUAAAUUAGUUGGAUGUGAUUUAAAAGAUGGAAACUUAUAUAAACAACAAUUGAAUCGUUUGCUAGGCGAUUCUCCAUGCAUUAAAAUAUUUGUUGCAGAAGUGUCGCUAGCAUAUAUGAAGCCAGAAUAUGCAAAUCCUAUAAUAGAGCACUCGGCUAAAUUGGAUAAUUCACAUUUCUUAAUAUUGGAGCAGAUCUUACCUGCUGGUGAAUCCCAUGCAUUUGCACAAAAGAUGUUAUAUCAUUUUAAUCAUUUAAGAAGUCCGUUACAAUGCGUUCAGACAUAUCCUUUGAAGACCGAUCAGGUAAAUCGUUUCAAGAAUUACUAUCAAAAUGUUGAAAUCAAAGAUUUAUUUGAGAAUUGGAAAUUUCUCAUUGAUGAUCAAUUAAAACACAAGAUAAAAGACAUUGAAGAAUUUGAUGAAUGGGAAGAGUUUAUAAUAUUUUGCCAGCAUUACGUUAUUGUACACGCUACUAACAGACCAGUGCUUAUUUACGACGACAAACCAAUUGCACGAGGAGAACUUGACGAACCGUCUACAUUAGUUAACGUUUCUUAUCAAGACUCGAAUGAUUCAGAAUUAUUAAAAUCAAAGUUUGCAGCCAUCACAGGUGUAGGUGAUGAAGUUUUAAUCAAUGGUGGUUUAUUUCAAACUCGUACGGGACAAACAUUAUCAUUAAAAAAAGGCCACCUUGAAGUCAAAACGGUCCAAGGAGAUGAGCCAGGGCCUAGAAUGUGUCAUACAUUAACAGCGCUUAAUAACAGUGAGUCAAUAUUAAUUGGAGGGAGGUCCAGACCUGAUCAGUACUUUCUGGAUGUUUAUAAAUUGGAUGGAGAAAACUGGACCCAACUACAAGACUUGCCAGAGAAGAGGUCAAGACAUAUUACUGUGAAGUUAUCCGGCAAAGAUAUAUUGAUAUUUGGAGGUUUACAAGAAAACUCUAAAGAUAUGGCUACUAAACUAUUCUUAGUUUAUAAUUGCGAAAGCCAACAAUACAAAUCGUUGAAAAUUGAAGGCUCUAUUCCUAACUUAUUCAGUUGCUCUAUGGUCUACAAUGAAGAAUUGGAGUUUGGACUUAUACUAGGUGGUAUGGUAAAUACAACUAUUCCAACAGUUAAUGACUGCUUGUACAGAUUUGUUAUUAAAGAAGAUACAAUCGUAGUGGACGUCAUAUAUCAACAUUCAUACCUUCUGAGAAUAUCAUGUCAAAGCAAAUUAUUCUCUGACAAUAAAUUGCUUAUUAUAGGCGGUGUAUCGCCAUUGGAUAUUUUCAAUCAGCAAAAUACCAUUCUUCUUUUUGAUAUAAUAACUUCCAAGUUACAUCCAAUUGAAAUUGAUCGUGAUAUUUGGGUAAAUCAUCCCCCAAUUUUUAUCGGCUUUGGAAAAGCCGAAAUUGGGAACUCUGUUAUAUGUCUCGGUGGUGGUGCUGUAUGCUAUUCAUUUGGUAGUUGCUACAAUGGCAUCUAUAAAUUUGAUUAUUAUCCGAAUAACUAG